UUUGAUUGAUUGAUUGUGAUGUAGCGUCGCCAUUUUUUUCAAAUAUUGCGUUCAUUUACCUGUGUCUACAGUAAAACAUUAUUUUUGCGUUUUCAUAAUCAUUUCUUUUGUUUUGUGAAAAUAAUAUUCAUCAUGAGCACCACUGCUGCUUCCGCUCUUUUCGCUUGUUCCCGUUGUUUUUCCAGACAUCCUUUCGAGGAGUUGUCGCCUGGAGAACAGCUUUGCAAGGAAUGUCGUGGAUCUUUCCCUGUGGUGAAAUGUACGUACUGCCGGUCUGAGUUUCAACAGACAAGCAAAUCCAACACAUCAUCCAUUUGCAAGAAGUGCGAGGCCAAUGUGAAGGCGUACGGCAAGCCCACCGCCUGUGAAUACUGCAACAUCAUUGCUGCUUUCAUUGGUAACAAAUGCCAGCGCUGCGCCAACUCGGAGCGCAAGUAUGGCGCAGCGGUCACCUGCGAGCAGUGCAAGCAGCGCUGCGCCUUCGACCGACAUGACGAUACCAAGAAGGUACCCACAGACCAUAAAGUGGACGGCAAGCUGCUCUGCUGGCUGUGCACGCAGUCGCUGAAGCGGGCCCUCGCGCGCACCAAGCAACACCUCGCCUCCGUGGACAAGCACAAGCAUCGCUCGCACAAUAGUUGGAUUUUUUCGAACUUAUGGUCGAAAAGCAGUCACAAGGAGAAGCGCAAGUCUGACAUGCUGAAGAGCUCGGGGGACCAGUCGCUGAACGACUCCCAGCCGCUGGAGAAGAAGUCCAAAAUGAACCCGCUGCAAGGUAAAGGCGAGGUGGACCCCAACAGCUCGGACCACGUGGUGGCCAUGACGCAGCUGAAGGAGACCAUCGCCAGCCUGCAGAAGAAGGUGCAGCAGAAGGACUCGGAGCUGCUGUCGAAGGACAAGCUGAUAACGGAACUAAAAGCGCAGCAUCUCACCAACCAAGUGGAGCUGCGUAACGAAAUGAAGAACAAGGACCGCCUCAACGAGACCAAAUUUGGUCUCAUGAACAGCAAGAUACAGAACCUACUGAAAGAGGUGGCCACACUCAGCAAAUCAGCCAAGAAGAACAAUAAAAAGACAAGCAACAUUCUUGCAACAGAGAACAGCGGUGGUAGUGGCACCGACAGCCCUAGCACCAACUAAUUCACUGACCACAGAUUAAAAAGCAGAGGCGCGGUAAGUCUUUUAUUCUGUUUAAUGUGUAUUGAGUGUAAAAUUCGUCGAAAUGGAUACUGAUAACUUUAUAAAUAUAAUAACUUUGCGAAUUGUUUUUAAAUGACUCACAUUAUGUAGAAUUUGAUGUAUGCAUAAUUUGCUAUGUUUAUCCAGUGUGAGGAGAGGGUAUUCCUUUGAAGACGUUUUUUAUACUCUGCAGUUGGUCAUCUAUGUAAUCAUUAUUAAUUUUGUAGGAAUAUCCUAGACGUGGAAAGAAAUUUCCUCUUAUUUUUUUACUCUACAAAUGAUUUUAUUUGUAGACUUUUUUAUAACUUAAACUUAAGUAGGAUUCAAUUUACCGUUCUGUUAGUUUCGCGUUUUUACAUUCAAUAGGAAUCAGUUGACCAGAGUACAGGGAUAUCACUAAAUCAUUAUAAAUUAUGAUGUUACGGAAUAAGAUAAGAGUUUAAAAUCUAAAUUAGUUGUCUGUGUUUUAAAUGUUUUGGUAAUUUCGUCAAAAAUAUCUUUUCUAGUAGAUAGUUGUCAUAAAUGUUAACGUAAAUAUGUGGUUAUGCUCAUGAUCUUAUACCCUAACACUAGCGAAUAGUUAGACUCACUAUUAUCCUUCUAUUAGAACAAUAAGCUUGUUCUUUAUUUUAUAUCUAUGAUGACGUCUGGGCGAAUUAUAUUACGAGUAUGACAUCCUAAAAGAUCUUGGCCAACUUGCAUCAAUGGAUCACGUGAAGUAAAUAAGUUUUGUAUUCGACAUGUCUCAUAGUGAAUUCACUAAAUCUUUGCGAAUUAACCGUGAACAUUGAAGAACUAAUCGCUUAUUCCAAGAAACCUUUUCAUACUUGGCACUAAAACUGAAAACAUCAAUGAAUUGGACGAGAAAUAUGACUAACGCUCUAGCUAGACAUGCGACAAAUUUCUUACGGUUUUCAAAAUAUGUGUGAUUCAAUAUAUAUUAUACCUACUUCUUUCAAAUACUGUUGAGAAAAAUACGGAAAAACAUGUAUCAUUUUGCAUAAGAUAUAUUUUGAUGUUUCGACAACUGACAUGUUACUUUACGUAGUUUUUUUUUCAAUAAAUAGUUGCGUCUGUUUGAAAUGUAAGCACGCACAAGUGUUUCCAGUUACUGAACUCAAUAUUUAUUUAUUAAUAUCCGAUAAAAUACCAGAUGUACUUAUUCGAAAGUGAAUUAAGUUGUUGAUAUUAAAAUGUUGACUACAAAUCGUCAGUAUUACAGUUUGCACAGUUAAUUCUUACACCGUGACGGUAAACAUCGCUUCUAUAAGAAUCUUCUUCAACAAUCAAUGUUAGUUUGUAUCAUAAUUUAUUGUUUGUAUCGGUGUCUAUGCCCUUACGUAGGCUAAUCCAGCCAACACGAUAAUUUAAGGACUAGGAAAAUGAUUGUUAUGUAAUAUUAUUUUUAAUGUAAUAGAGAUUAAAAUUAAAUGGUCGAAUGUAAAAUGGAAAUUGAACAAAAACAUACAAUAUAAAUGGAGAAUAUGUAGUCAUUAGCUACGCAUUGGAGUAUUUAGUAGGCAUAUUCCGUAAAAUAAAUAAACAUUAUCCCAUAUACCACAUCCUGAGUUCAGAAGUCUGCAUAAUCCAAAAGAUUACAUUAUUGAAUUAACAUUGCAUAUUUAUUAGAAUAUCAGCGUAAUAGGUUCCAAUGCUAUUCAAUAUAUUUUACUAUUGUUUUAUACUAACUACCGACCGACCGGUACAGGUACUGUAAUAAAAAAUAAAUCAAACUUCUAUUUUUUUUAAUACACUAUUCACAUGAGAUUGUAAAACUGAAAAGUAAUGAAUCCCGCAAUCCGUGGUUAGGUAGCUUUUUUUACUUUACUAAAUAGAUGCUUAGAAUUAAAAUGAUUUGAUAUUCCAAUAUGAUCUGUGAGAAUAAAAUUAUUGUUAUGUUAUAAGACAAACUGUAAGAUACAACAAAUAAACCAUGAACACUUUAAAA